AUGCAUGGCUCCAUCCAUGACUUCAGAAUGCCUUCCCUCCUUUCUACCGCUCACCUAACACUUCGGUUCCUACCCUCUUAUUUUCCCCGUUUCCUCCUCCAGGGCGACUUCUGCCAGACCCGUUUCUUGGCUUGCCGAAACAAAUUGGGAGACGGAGCUGACGGCGAUGGCGUACGCCCUUUGAAGGCGCCCUACCGUCGACUGUACUGCAGAGAAGACGUGGGCAAGCCUCUUGGGUUCAUGGAGGAGCUGGGUUCGAAACCUCUCUCCGGAGCAAUGGCUGAGCAGGUGGGACCUGAGGCCGAACUGGAGCAGGUGGUGUGGCAGCCGUAUUCCAGGGCAGUGGUCUUCCGCUCUCCGGUGGGUUUGGAGGUGAAGCUGGGUGCCCUGGUGCUGCUGCUGCUGGUUACCCUUCUGUGUGGGUUCUUGCCUCUCUGGGUCUUCCAUCGUCCCGGGACUGCAACCAGCUUAUCAGGUACUCGCAAGAAAGCGUUGAGCCUGGUGAGCUGUUUUGCCGGCGGCGUCUUCCUGGGCACUUGUCUCCUGGAUUUGAUUCCCGAUUACCUCAGCAGCAUCAGCAAGGCCCUGGCUGAUUUGGGGGUCACGCUCUUCUUCCCCCUCCAAGAGUUCAUCCUGGCCAUGGGCUUCUUCCUGGUCCUCGUCAUGGAGCAGAUCGUCCUGGCCUACAAGGACCCCUCGGGCUCCCUGGAGGAGACACAAUCCCUGCUGGGCUCUGCCUCGUACAACUCUGCCACUAUCCAGGACCGGGACUGGCCGGACGGCCCCCUGCCCCGGCAGCUGCCUCGGGAGGGCCGCCUCCGGGAGCCCCCCCACUUCCACGUGGAUUUCAACUCCCACUCGGUCAUCCGCUGCUUCGUGCUGCUGCUGGCCCUCUCCCUGCACUCCAUCUUCGAAGGGCUGGCCGUGGGGCUGCAGGAGGGGAGCGCCCAGGCCCUGGAGAUCUGCUUGGCUUUGCUGAUCCACAAGGGCGCCAUCGCCUUCAGCCUCAGCUUCAAGCUGCUCCAGAGCCGGCUGCGUAGCCGCGCUGUGGCGGGCUGCCUGGUCCUCUUCUCUGUCAUGACCCCGCUGGGCAUCGGGCUGGGCAUAGCUCUGACGGAGGCGCCCGUGGCCAUCCUCCACGGCCUCUCCCGCAGCGUCCUGGAAGGGCUGGCGGCCGGCACCUUCGUCUACAUCACCUUCUUGGAGAUCCUGCCCCACGAGCUCAGCUCCUCUGAGCAGCGGAUCCUCAAAGUCAUCGUCCUCUUGGCCGGAUUCGCACUCGUCACCAGCAUUCUGUUUAUUAAGAUCUGA